AUGGUCAACAACCACUCAACCAACAUACUCGAGCCAGUCUCACUCGCCGAACUACCCAAACCCGGUCCAUACAUCCCAAACCCAUCAGCACAGUCAGCUCUCUCGGUAAUCAAGACUUACAACCACGCAAGACAAUCCACAGUCACCUCCCUCAUCACCAUCGACCUCACUCAAGUACAGGACCAACAAGCAUCAUCACACACCACCGUACUCACCGAUCUAGCCUACGCCGAAGCAGUCUGGUUGGACUCCAACUCGAUCCUAUACCUCCGUCCACCAGGGGCGCAGGAAGCUGGUCCCGAUCUAGACCCGCUCAUCAGUACCAAACUCGCCCGGGAACAUCUCAAAAAACGACUUGAAGAACUCGCUGAUGACCAGGGGAAAGGAAUCGAGUUAUGGGCGAUUCGGAUAGGAGGAAAAGGGGAUAAGAAGGCCUAUCGGGUUGGCUCUCUGCCCGUCCCGAUCGGAAACAUCAAGUUUCAGUCCUUCUCCUCAUCGUCCGCGGGGGUACUGGGCUUCUCUGUUGAUGUUUAUCCUCCCUACGACACCGAAGCUCUGAAGAAUUUACAUAAAUUGGAACGCUCGUUCGAGGAGGCCGCCGAAGGCUCGACAGGACAAACCUACGAUUCUGUUUAUGUGCGUCAUUGGGACGAAUGGAUUGAUCAACAUGGGAAAGAGGCCCGAUUGUUCGUCAUCGACCUCGAACAAAAGGAGGACCAUACCUGGUUUAUUCCGGAUUCUCAUCAGCCACGAUCCCUGUUUCCAAGCUUGAGUGUUCCAGUGGGUCCAUCCGGGUCGAGCUCCGAUUUUGAUCUGUCCUCCUCUUCAGCAGUCGUGACGGCGAAAGACCCUGAUGUUAACCCUGCUUGGCAUACCCGUCAAAAUAUCUACAUCAUGCCCCUUUAUCCGAGAACAAAAUUACUUCCAAAGCCGCUUCAGCUAACCACUGGCGACCAAGGAGGAACAUCAAAUCCCGUCUUCUCGCCUUCAGCGAAGAACGCCAAUGGAUGUGAUCAAGGUAAAGUGGCCUGGUUGGAAAUGAACUGUGAUGGUUAUGAAUCCGACCAGAACCAAGUGGUUGUCUACAACCUCGAGUCGCGCACGCGGUCUUACUUUGCCAAAAGCUGGGAUAGAUCUCCUUCGAAAAUCAUCUGGGGAAAGGACGAUGACGAGCUUUAUCUGCUAGCAGAAGAGCAUGGACGUGUGAAGGUUUUCUAUCUUUCUCUGGAAUCCAGCGAGGGUCCUGAAUGUCUUACCGACGAGAAUUCGGCAUCCUACCUAGCGUAUCUUGGCAAAAAGUCGGCGCAAGACGCAGAGAAGCCGGCAGCCCGAUUACUGUUGACAAUGUCUUCACUGGCCUUUGGUCCGACUCCCUACAUCCUGGACCUGGCCCUUCCCGACCACUGCACAAAAUGCACAAAGGUUGGCUCUUUGUGUGAUCUUAGCGGGACUACGCUCGAUGAAGGUGAAGACUUUUGGUUCCACGGCGCCGAGAAUCGAUCGGUGCACGGGAUCUUGAUCAGACCGCCAGGGUUUGUAGCCGACCUGGGCCAGAAGUGGCCCUUAAUGUUCUUAAUUCAUGGCGGUCCUCAAGGCGCUUGGGACAAAACUUGGAGCUUACGAUGGAACGCCAACACCUUCGCCGGUGCGGGAUACAUAGUCGCCAUGAUCAAUCCCACAGGCAGCACUGGAUAUGGGCAGAAAUUUACAGACUCAAUCAAGCAAGACUGGGGAGGAAAACCUUACAAGGAUCUAGUCGCAGGAUAUCAGUAUCUACUGAAGACCUAUGCCGAGAUUGAUGGAUCGCGUACAGCAGCUUUAGGCAAGUCCCAUGCGAUUUAA